ACCAAAUCGAACGUCUGGGAGCCCACCCAUUCGUUUAUCUUCUUUCUCAUUUGCCACUUUUAUAUUAUUGAUGUUUCUGUUAAUAAUUUCUUCGAAAUUCCUGAGCUUUUUCUUUCUCCCAUCUCGCCGGAGAUCGACCCUACUUUCUUUUAUUCCUGUUUUUUCUCCGAUGGGCAGAGAAGGGUAAGGUAAAAAGGGAAGGGAAAGUAAAAGUUAGGAGGUUUUCUUUCUAGAUUUUCAAGUUCAGAUUCAUUCUGGAAAGAUAUUCUUGCGAGAAAAGAAAAGAAAAAAAAAUUGAAGAUGGGAGCAGAGAGCACCUCGGAAACGACCCCCGUAAGUGGAGAUUGGAACGAGAAAUACGAGACCCAGGUGGUGUUGAACGUUUAUGAUCUCACCCCUGCCAACAAUUAUUCUUAUUGGUUUGGUUUUGGGAUUUUUCAUUCGGGUAUUGAAGUCCACGGUAAAGAGUAUGGGUUUGGAGCUCACGACUUCCCUGCUAGUGGAGUUUUUGAAGUAGAACCAAGGAGCUGUCCGGGUUUUAUAUACCGAUGUUCUGUCACGUUGGGAAAACUUGAUAUGCCUCCCUCUGAAUUUAGAACGUUCAUUGAAACUGUUGCCUCUGAAUAUCAUGGAGAUACAUAUCAUCUUAUUUCCAAGAACUGUAAUCAUUUUACUGAUGAUGUCUCCAGCAGAUUGACUGGGAAACGGAUACCUGGAUGGAUCAAUCGGCUCGCUCGGAUGGGUGCUUUGUGCAGUUGUUUGCUACCUGAAAGUCUUCAAGUAACUACUGUCAAACAACUGCCCGAAUACCACGAAUACUCAGUUAAAAACUUGAAUCCAACGAAGUAUGCUGUUAUAAGCAUUACCAUUUGGGGUUUGUUUCCUCCAGAGGAAGAAUGUACCACCGGGUCUCCAUCGCUCGACACUCGACUGGUCUCGGCAGAAAUUGUGGAAGAUGAAGAUAAGCGGCUGCUGACAGUAUCAACUGGAAUCACAGAUGUUGCUUUCGUCCCAGAAUCUCACAAGUGAAAGAGAGCAGAGAGGCAGGUGUCUUCUAUUGCUUGCAAAUCGUAUCUCCCAUGCCCGCGCCUAAUGAUCUUGUCUCCAUUGCAAAAGUAAGAACUGUUUGGCUUCUUUGUAUUAAAUGUUUGGGAGUGGAAUUGUUUUUAUUCCGUAGAUAGUUGUACUUCAGCUUUAAUUGGCCCAAAGAGACAUAGAGAUCACUUUGAAUGUUGUUUUGCUUCCAUAUCCUUUGAAAUGAUCGCAGUAUUGCCUCGAUUUGCAGAACAACUCUCAGUUUCAAUGUUAUAUUAUGAGUUAAGUUACA